AUGCGCCCACGAAAAGAAAAGCCUGAUGACAAUCGCAAUCGCAAACGCAAAACAAACACAGAUAAAUUGCUACGAAAAUCACGAAACCGGUUGAGAAAUGUUAAUCGCAAAGAAGGAUCCGAUAUAGAAGAAACAUUUAAAAAUAUUAUUCGAGAUCAUAAGUCACAAGCGAAGGUCGUGAAACAUUGGGAGUUAUCUCCAAAAGAUUCCUGCGAAGUAUACAAAGACAGGCGUAAGAGGAAAAUUGAAGAUAAUACCGAGAGUAAUGAGAAUCGUGGAAAUUCUGAAGAGAACUUAAACAAGACGAAACCUAUUAAAAAGCGUGUAAAGAGACGACCAUUAAAAAGGGACAGCCGUGGGCGAUUUCUACCAGAGACAUCAAGUACUAACUGUUCGUGUUCAAAAUGCGCCGAGUCUAUUUAUUCUGAUGACCAGUGA